CGCCCCAACUCCCGGCGAGGACAAGGGCGCGGCGGCGACUUUGGCGUCGCGCAGACGGGCCCCGAUGGGUGGACGACGCAGCCGCAGCGUCCGGCCAAGGCGGGCGACCUGAGCGGGUUCGGCCGCAUCCGCGAGGCGACGCCGAGCACGCUCUCGCUCGGCCCGACGGGCGCGUUCGCCGCUCGUCAGCGCAACAAGAAGGAGGAGGCGGCCCGCCCUGCGACGCCGUCCAACCCGUUCGCCCUCUUGUCCGGCGGCGGCGACGUCGCCGAGGAGCCGGCCGCCGCCGACGCGUCGCAGCGUCCGCGACUGCAGCUCAAGCCGCGCACUGUGCCUCUCGAGGGUGAGGGCGAGGGCGAGGGCGACGAGGAGAAAAAGGACGGCGAGGACGAGGACGAGGACGAUGGCGCGAUCGACCCGAACGCCUCGUCCAUGACUCGGGCCGAGGCAGAGCGCAAGGCCAAGAACUCGGUCGUCGAGUGGUUCGAGAUCAAGAACAUCUCGGAGGGUGUCGCCUCGGUCGAGGCGCUGCCCAAGGAGUACCGCGGCCUGCUCGUGACGGCCAUCGCCGAGGCGGCCCUCACCAAGAAGGCCGACGCCGUCAACCUCACCAAGGACCUGUUCGCCCAGCUCGCCGCCAAGGACGUCAUGACGCACGACGCCCUCGUCGCCGCCUUUGAGCCCAUCUUCAAGACGCUCCCCGACACUGCUAUCGACGCCCCGAGCGCGUACGCGUUCGCGGCGACGCUCCUCGUCGGCAUCGGCGCGACCGACGACGAGGUCGAGUCGCUCAAGGGCAAGAUGGAGUCGGAGGAGGGCGAGGAGGAGGUCGAGUAUGGUCGCGAGUCGUUCGACGGCGCGCGCAAGAAGGUGCUUGCGGCGUGA